UUAAUCAAUACAUCUAAAAAUAGUACGCGUGUACACAAUUGUGAAAGUAAACCAAAAUGGCCUUUAACUUGACAAGUAUGAUUUUGGAUAAUUCUAACAUUAUAAAAGGAUAACUAUGGAUAAAAUAGGAUGCAUUAAUAACUUCUGAAUAAGCAUGCCACGGAUUGCAGUACUUGGUGCUGGCGUAAUUGGAUUAUCGACUGCAGUUUCUAUUAGAAAAUCCUUGCCAAGUGCCUCGAUUGUAAUUAUCGCAGACAAGUUUGGCAGCGAAACAACAAGCUAUGGUGCAGGGGGACUUUCCAUUCCUACAGUUGACAAAGUUCCUGGUGUGCCUAAAGAUCUUGUUAGGAGAUGGGUUUCAGAUUCCUGGAAAUGGUUUUCUGAUUUGACCUUGUCCGAUUUAGCAUCUACUACCGGUAAUCAACUGGCACCGGGUUACUUUUUAUGCAAUACGCCACUUAUUGAUCCAUUGUUUGCGGAAUAUGUAUAUUCAUACGAAAGAAUGAGCGAUGAAGAAUUAAAAAAAAUAAAUAUGCAAGCGAAAUACAAAUAUGGUUACCGUGUAACGAGUAUAAUUACAUGUCUGAAGAAAUACCUACCAUGGUUGACCAAACUUCAUCUAGAUGGUGGAGGGAUAAUAGAAGGGAGGAAGAUUGAAAAUUUAAAUGAGCUUGUAGGUACAUAUGACGUUGUAGUAAACUGUACGGGACUUGGUAGUAGAAAACUUUUGAAUGAUGGAAAGAUUCACUCAAACAGGGGACAGAUCAUUGAGCUUCAUGCUGAUUGGAUAAAGUAUUGGAUUUACACGGACGAUGGAGCUUAUUUAUUACCUUACGAUGAUAUUGUAAAAAUUGGUGGCGUUCGACAAAUGCAUAAUUACAACAUUGAAGUCGAUGAAAAUGAUCAACGAGAAAUAAAAGAAAAAUGCUACAGGUUAUGGCCUCCUCUUCAGGGAGCCGAUAUAGUAAAAGAAUGGGUAGGACUUCGCCCAACUAGAACACCUCUACGGUUAGAAGCAGAGUUGAUAAAGUUCCCAACGGGAAAACUAAAGGUAGUCCAUAACUAUGGUCAUGGUGGUGUUGGAAUUGCAAUAAGCUGGGGGACAAGUCUACAUGCAGCAAAAUUAGUAAAGGAUAUAUUGCAAUCUGAAAGUCGAUUGUAAUCUGCAAUCCUAAUUAUAAAUACUUCCUUCAAAUAUUUUAUAAACUUGUUAUUAGUUAAUGAUUUAAAGAAGGUUUGAUUUAAUUAA